AUGAAAAAUAUUGGAUUAACCUUCAAACUCGUUUAGCAGUUUUCUAGAUCUGGUACAAUUGUUAAAACCAUGUAGAAAAUAUCAGAUAAAUUCAAAGUGAAACAAACUGUUGCUGAUAAAUAAAAGUUAUAAAGUUUCCUUACUGAGCAAACAAGGGAUGGUAGCAUUAAAGAAACUAUUGAUGUUACAGCUAAAUAUGAUGCUGAGUUUAAAACUUUUAUAAAGGAUUAUCAAGCCAAGCAUAAGUAAUAUCCUCAUAUUUUAGAUCUUUCUCAUUACUCUCGUGAGAACUCAACCUUGAGCAAAUCUAACUAACUUAGAUAAGAAGAAAUCGAUAUGAUAGAAGAAUUUAGAAACAGAAAAAUAAAAAAAAUCAAUGAACCCAUCGAUUUGAUUGAUUACUCUAAAGAUCCUGAAAUUAACGAAGCAGAUGAAGAAGCUGGUGAAGAAGAUUUUACCCUCCACUAAGAUCCUUAUAUCUAAGAAGAUAGAAAUCAUGGCUAUAAAGCUAAAGAAAUGAGAAUGGGUUUAAAUGAUGAUUUUAUGAUCGUUUUAUUAGAUAGAGAUGUAACAACAUAAGUUACUACCCUUAACAGAGUUAAUCACUUUAGAUAUCUCAUUUUUAUGGGUAAUGCCAAUGGUUUAGUUGGUUACGGAAAAGGUAAAGGUAGUGAUUUUGAAGAAGCUCUUGAUAACGCUAUCCUCCAUUGUAAACGUAAUUUAAUUGCUGUUCCUCUCGAUAUCUUCCAUACAGUCCCUGAACCAUUAGAAGGUCAUUUCAAUGGUUUCUAAAUUAAAAUACAUCCCUCUAGAACUUUUAAUCCUUGGGGUGCUCCCGUUCUUGCUUCUAUGCUUUUGCUCACUGGUUUGAGACACUGCAGAUUCAAAACUAUCAGUAAAAAGGUUAACUCUUAUGCUUUGUGCAUGGCAUACUUUAGAAUGAUUACUAAAAACAGAACUCCUAAAGAUAUUUGUGAAUAAACUGGCAAGAAGAUUUACAGAGAAAAUUGGGGAGCUCCUUAUUUCCUUAAUCAUGUUUCUCAAAACUUCCUUUGA